AUGCAGGAAUGCUACAAUCCUCAUCACAGCAUACUUCCGGUGGGCGGUGGGGCGACAGCGGGGGCGUUUGUUCCCCUUCGGACGCUCUGUGUUACUUGCCUCCUGAGCCAGUUUGAGCGACUUUCCACAAACGCCGUCGUUCAGGCGCUGCAGGACACCGUGUUUCUGCUACGGCAAAGUUUUUCCCCUCUGUUUUGCAAGCAGGCCGUGGGAACUGGAUGCGAAGACUCAUCGGACGCCAGUGCAGUGCCCACUCCCUCACUGGCGUCACUGCGGGGGGCAUUUCUCUCUUUUCACGAGGCGCUUGCGCAGCUGGCGGAAAAGCUGUGCGCCGCGUCUGCAUUGCAUCGCCACGUGCAGCUUUACAAGGCGGGCCUAGCGCUGCUUAGCCUCUUCUUCUUGCUGCUGCGGGAGGCCGCGGAGCAUGCCGCGGGGAUGGGCGGUGGGGCGGACUCUCUUGAGGGCGGCCUGCUGGGGACGGAGGACCGCGGCGACGAGGUCGCGGGGGGUGCCGCGUGUGGCAUGUCCCUUGCAGGACUGGCACGCCGCAUGUGUGAGGCGGUGCGCGUGGGACUUUCGCGCGAAGGCGAUUCCCCCGCGGGUCUUCUUCUCCUGACAGAUUUGUCUGACAUGAGUCCCACCUUUCUGCGGGUUCUUUCCGAGCACUGCGUUUCCUGUGUCUGCGCCUUCCUGCCCCUUCUGCGUGAUGCGUACCGGGUGGAGCUGGCGCUCUACCUCCUCCACCAAGUCUUCGAGACGUGUGCCACCCACCCGACGCUGCUGGAGGGCCUGGCGGCUGCGCUGGCCGCUGCCGCCACCACAGGCGACGCUGCGCCGCGUGGGUCUUUCCUAGCUUACUUGGCAGGGGUGUUGGAGACGUUUAGAGACGAUGAGCCGGUCGUCGUGAAUGCGCUUUGCCUGGCAAGGUUUCUCGUGACCUACGGGACCACGCGGACGGCGCUGCUGCUCCCCAGCGUGGAAGACGGCGCCGGCAGCAGCGGCGGUGAGACUUCUGCAGGCGUGCCGGUGCAGCUGCUUCGCCACCUAACGCUGCUGCUGCUGCAUCUCAACGUUGACAUCGUUGUGGCUGCGUCGGAAACCGUUCGGGAGCUCCUCGUGGCGGCGCAGUCCGUGGGAGCUGGGUGCAGCAGCGAUAUUGCCGAUUACGUCAUUGAGUCUCUUCGAACAGCCUCGGCAGAUUCGGCGGUGGUGCUAGUGUCCUUGUUAAAUGUGCUUCCAACCGAAAUGGUGCCCGCGGGGCCUACUCUCCGUGUUAUUUUUGAACUUGCAGACAUCAACAGCAACGCCUUUGAAGCAGCAGUGAAGGGGCCACAUUUUUUGGCGGCUGUCACAGAUCAAUUCAGCAACGUCAAUGAUGUGGCCCGACGGGUCGUGCGGACUGUGCAUGAUGGAGGCUGCGUCUCGCUUCCUUGCUUCCUGCUUCAGCUUCUCUCCCUGGAGGCUGCCUGCGGGGGAGGCAGCGCUGGGGCAGGCAAGCUGCCGCCGGAGACUGUUUCCAUCCUUGCGAACACGCUGUUGCAGCUUGUGAGGGAGUCGUGUGGUCCUGCGCUUCUUGAGGAUGAGGUGGGCGAAGGCCAGUGGCCCUUUAAUAAUCGUUUCUUGUCUCUUUCCAGCGAGACUAUGCGGUGCCUCGCCUCAGCGGUGGCGUUUUUGCUUCCUGCGUGCCAGGAGUUUAUGCUGCGUCUUGCCACGGAGAUCGUUGCCGAGGCGCUGCGGCAGUGCUUAGAACUCGGCUGCGCCGCCGUGGACAGUCGCUGCCUUCUCUUUGACGGAAGCACCGGCACCGUCCUGUUGUUUCUCAGCUCCGCCGUGCUGGAGCACGCCGCCGCCGCCGUUGCCAUCGUCCGGGGCGACGAAAUCACGGCGGCAGACGGACUUGUGUGGCGGCAGGUGCGGCACCUGCUCGAAAACGACCUGCUCACACAGCUGCUUCGCGUCCCAGGCGACGCUGCCGCACUUCGGGCGCGUAUUUUGCGUCAUUUUAUGCGGCUUGUGGAGGCCAACCGCAACGCGGCGAGCACGGGGCUGCCCGACGCACUACUUCUGCACGACUCCGCGUCGCCGCGGGCGCUGCUCGAGAAGUCGUUCUGCCAUCAUCCCCACUGGGCGGCCUCGUUGCUCUUGACGCUUGCUGCAACUGGCUGCCCCGCCCCGGUGGAGGUUCACGUGCUUGAGGAAUUUUUCUUUAGUCAACUCGCCCGCCUCCCUUGCUUUUCGGAGGAGGCGAGGCGGCUGGCCACAGCAGGCGGCGGCGGCGGCGACGACGGCGACGACGACGAAGGCCACACCAUUGCCGCGCUCGCCGCGUUGAAGACCAGUGCGGCGUACUACAGGUGGAGGGGCGAGCUGCCCCACCGAGGUCCCCUGCACGUGGAUUCCGUCGCUGCCACGGCUCGGGUGUGCGGUGUGCCGGAGGAGCUUUCCUGCGUCUUCCUUCAGCUGUUUCGCUCCGAGGAAAGGGCGUGGCUGGAUGCCCUGCGGUCCUGCAGCUGGGGACCGGCGCUGCUGGCAGUCUUGGUCUCCUUCGCCGUUGUGCACAUGAAAUGCGACAGCCCCGCGGAGAGUGUGAAGGAGGCACACGAGUAUCUCUUUUCGGCUGCCGGGUCCCAUAGCACCGAGGAGGAGGCGUCUCUCUGUCGCAUUGUGGUGACCCGCACCUCGACGUGCAACCUCUUUCUCGCGCAGCUCUUUGGGAUUGUGCGUGGGUCGGUCGCCGCCAACCUUUCCCUCAGCCGCCGUGUUAUUUGUUUCUUGUGCCAAUGUUUGGCCCUGGCUGCGGGUGAGGCGGCGGCGCCCACGUCGACCGCUUUUACUCGUGCGCUGCUUGAGCAGCACUUGACGCCGUUUCUGCUCUUCAGAGAACUUUCUGCUCUUGCCGGGGAUGUGGCACGCCUUCUUGUUUUGGCUCUCGCUCGACUGCCGCUGGCCACGGCGAGCUGCUGCGACCAUACCCUCUUUAAGUGGUCUCUGCAGCACGUGACACACCCGCAGGCGCAGGUGUAUGCGUGGCAUGCCGUCUUCCUUCUGCUGGAGCGUGCGCACGGAAACGAGUUUGCCUUGCGGUAUGAGUCGGAGCUUGAGGGGAAACUGCGAGCUGGUUGGGCUGAGUGUCUUUCCCCUUGCGUUGCCGCCGCUCUAGCGACGACGCAGUGGAUGGUGGAUGGAGCGAUGCGGCGUCGCGGGGUUCGCCGUACGACUUCUAUUGUUCCAUUGCCCCUGAAGGAGUGCCCACGGGCCCCCUCGCAGCCCGUCCUGCUGCGGGGCUUUAUUAUCUCAGCUGUCGAACGACAGACGAGGGGGGAGCCUCCGGACAUGAGCCUCCUCCAGGCGGCGCCGAUGCUUCUCGCUUGGGCGAAUGAUAUGUUUGCCCGGCGAUGCGCCACGGUGGCCACCGCGCGUUUGUUGUACACGUUGGUGAAGAUGUGUCCGGCGCUUUUGGCCUCGUUGGAGGCCCUGGGACUCUUCCUGCAGGUGACGACUGCAGCAGCAACGGGUGCCUGUCCCGCCGCCACACCCUUCCAGCUUUCCCUGAUCGAGGAACGGGCGUGGGUGUUUGCCGCGCUGCUUUUCUCCUGGCCGCCUUGGGGCGUGGCAGGCGGGCUGAAGGAGGCGGUGGAUGCGUUUCUCGCGGCGCUGGAGAUGCCCCCGCGUGCGUGUCACGGGCAAAAGCGAUCACGCGACGAGGAGGCGCCUCUUCCGCACGUGCACGAGGCGGCCGGAGCUCGCUGUGCGGUAGAGGCCCUCGUGGAGGCUUGUGAGCGUCAGUCUGAAGAACAUGGGGCAUUUCCGCUGAACCGCGCAAAGGACUUUUUCCUCCGCGGACACAACGCCCGACCGGAGGUUGACGUCCCGCACGAGGUUGCAUUUGCAUCGGUGCAUGAGGGCUGUGAGCUGUUUAUUCUCCCCUAG